GUUGGACAGUUCUUGUUGACCCUGAUAUCCACAGAUUUCCAGGACGUGCAGCCUUCCAGAAGUAAGACCACUCACAGUGGACUCUGAAACAUGGAUUCAGACACAUUGCAAGCCUUCCAGAAUGAACUAACCUGCUCCAUCUGUAUGAACUACUUCAUAGACCCCGUCACCAUAGACUGUGGGCACAGCUUUUGCCGUCCCUGCCUGUACCUCUGCUGGGAGGAAGACCAGACUCCAAAGAGCUGCCCUGAGUGCAGGGGACUAUCAGAGAAGCCAGAUUUCAAAACCAAUAUUGUACUCAAGAGGCUGGCUUCCCUCGCCAGACAGGAAGCAGCUAAACAAACCAACAGCUCGGAGGCGCAGAUCUGCGUGACACACAAAGAAGCCAAAGGGUUCUUCUGUGAGGUUGACAAGACCCUGCUCUGUGGCCCCUGCUCUGAGUCCCCGGAGCAUGCAGCUCACAGCCACAGUCCAAUACAAUGGGCUGCUGAGGAAUACCGGGAGAAACUUCUGAAGAGAAUGGACUCUUUAAGGAAAAUGACACAAGAAAUGCAAAACAGUCUGAAUCAAGAAGCUAACAAAACUCAGUUGUUAGAGAACUAUGUGGCCAUGAGGAAGGUGAUGAUCAAAGUUCAGUAUCAGAGGAUCCACCUGUUUCUCCGGGAGGAGGAGCAACUCCAUCUGGAGGCCCUGGAGAAAGAAGCGAAGGAGACUCUCCAGCAACUCAGGGAGAGUGAAUUCAGAAUGACUCAACAGAAAGAAAGUCUGAAAGAAAUGUACAGAGAGCUGACAGAGAUGUGCCACAAGCCUGAUGUGGAGUUGCUCCAGGUGAGAAGGGAGGUUCCAUCCAGGACUGAUUUGGUACAGAUGCAAAAGCCUCAGCCAGUGAACCCAGAGCUCACUUCCUGGCCUGUCACUGGAAUCCUAGACAUGCUGAACAACUUCAGAGUGGAUAAUGUUCUGAGUCAGAAAAUGACCAUUCACAAUGUAAGCCUUUCUGAGGAUCGUACAAGAGUGAUGUUUGGAGGUGACCAUCACAACGUGCCCAGAGAGCCCCAGAUUGUGGAGAGAUUUGUGGCCUGGGGAGCUGUGGCCUUCACCUCUGGGAGGCAUUACUGGGAGGUGGAUGUGACACACUCCUCGAACUGGAUUCUGGGAGUCUGUAAAGAUAUCUUGACGAGUGAUACUGAUAUCAUUAUUGAUUCUGAAGAAGCAUUUUUUCUAUUUUCUGUGAAGGUGAACAAUCAUUAUACUUUGUCCACAAACUCCCCACCCUUAAUUCAGUAUGUGAAAAGGCCUUUGGGUAGGAUCGGAGUGUUUCUGGAUUAUGACAAUGGAACUGUGAGUUUCUAUGAUGUUUGCAGAGGUUCCCUCAUAUAUAGUUUCCUUCCUUCCUCCUUCUCCUUCCCUCUGAUGCCUUUCCUUUGCCUUAGAUCUCCAUGA